UAUGCGUAUGCUGCACUGCACACAGUUUUAAAACCCAAUCCAAGCCCAGUCGAGAGUUCACUUUCUAGGUUUUUCCCCUUUUCGGUGUUCUCUCUUUCAACUUAGAACUUGAAACUUCAUUUUGUUCUGUGUUUUCGCAACAACUCCCACUUCAAUCUCGAUCCUUCGAUUCCAAUGGCGUCAAAGUUCGGCUUAGCUGGCGGGAUUCCAGAGCGCAGGGUUCGCCCUAUAUGGGACGCCAUUGAUUCUCGUCAGUUUAAGAACGCUCUCAAGCACGUUACCACGCUCCUCUCCAAGCACCCUAAUUCCCCCUACGCUGUCGCUCUCAAAGCUCUCGUUCUGGAACGAUUGGGGAAGCCUGAUGAAGCUUUCUCUGUUUCCCUCAAUGCCAAGGAGCUUCUUUACGCUAAUGAUUCUAUGUUGAUGGAUGAUCUUACUCUCAGUACACUUCAGAUUGUUUUUCAGCGAUUGGAUCAUUUGGAGUUGGCUACCGGCUGUUAUGAACAUGCCUGUGGUAAAUUCCCAAAUAAUUUGGAACUAAUGAUGGGGCUUUUUAAUUGCUAUGUUCGUGAGUACUCUUUUGUGAAGCAACAACAGACAGCUAUCAAAAUGUACAAGCUUGUUGGAGAAGAAAGGUUUCUUCUUUGGGCAGUUUGUAGCAUCCAAUUACAGGUACUUUGCGACAAUGGAGGAGAUAAGCUUUUACUUUUAGCUGAAGGCUUACUUAAAAAACAUGUUGCUUCACAUAGCUUACACGAGCCUGAAGCUCUUAUGGUCUACAUUUCAAUAUUGGAACGGCAAGCUAAGUUUGGGGAUGCUUUGGAAAUUCUCUCUGGGAAAUUGGGAUCACUAUUGAUGAUUGAAGUUGAUAAGCUACGAAUGCAGGGGAGACUUCUGGCUAAGGCAGGUGACUACACUGCUGCUGCUGAUAUCUUUCACAAAAUUCUAGAGUCGUGUCCUGAUGACUGGGAGUGUUUCCUUCAUUACCUAGGCUGUUUGCUGGAAGAUGGCAACAUUUGGUGUGAUGAGGUUGUUAAUGAUCCCGUUCAUCCCCCAAAAAUUGUCAAUUGCAAGGUCUCACACUUGACAGAUGAACAGUUUGACAGUCGAAUAUCAAUUGCAUCAGCUUUUAUACAGAAGUUACAAGCGGAUGCUGUUAAUAACUUGAUAAGGUGUCCAUACCUAGCAACUAUGGAAAUUGAAAAAAGAAAGCAUUUCUGUGGGAAGGGGAAUGAAGACGACUUAAUGGAAGGCAUUGUUCAAUAUUAUUGGAGGUUUGGUCACUUGGCCUGCUUUACUUCUGAUGUUGAGGUGUUUGUUGAAGUUUUCACUCCUGUUAAGAAGGCUGAGCUCUUGGAGAAAUUGAUGAAAAACAGCGAUGCUUUAUCAACUACACCAACCAGGACACUUGGGCUGUCUAUAAGCCUUUUCAAAAUUAAACAAAUAUUGCUAGGGGACAUGCUCAAGUCUUCUGAAAAUGAUCUUAAGGUCUCUUGUGUUCAAAUGUUUGAAAUGUUUUGCAAAAACCUCCCACUUUCAAAAGACUUGGAUCCACAGGAGGGCAUGCAUGGUGAAGAGUUGCUUUCAAUGACAUGUAAUCUUUUGAUUCAGUUAUUCUGGCGUACUAAGAAUGUUGGCUAUUUGGUAGAGGCAAUUAUGGUCUUGGAGUUCGGCUUGGCAAUACGAAGAUAUGUGUCGCAGUACAAAAUCGCGCUGUUGCACUUGUAUUGCCACUGUGGUGCUCUUUCAGUAGCACAUGAAUGGUAUAAAUCAUUGGAUGUCAAGAAUAUCUUGAUGGAAAGUGUUUUGCACCACAUUUUGCCUCAGAUGUUGGUAUCUCCACUUUGGACUGAAUCAAACAGUCUUCUAAAGGAUUAUUUGAAGUUUAUGGAUGACCACUUCAGAGAAUCUGCAGAUUUAACAUUUCUUGCAUAUCGCCAUAGAAAUUACUCAAAGGUAAUUGAAUUUGUCCAGUUUAAAGAUAGAUUACAGCACUCAAGUCAGUAUCUAAUGGCGCGAGUUGAAACACCCAUGCUACAGUUAAAGCAAAAUGCUGAUAACAUUGAAGAAGAAGAGGGCAUCCUUCAAAGCUUGAAAUGUGGGAUUCACUUCCAUGAGCUAUCUAAUGAGAUUGGGUCAAAGUCUUUGACCUUCAAUGAAGACUUGCAGACACGGCCCUGGUGGACGCCAACUUCAGAGAAAAAUUACCUUUUAGGGCCAUUUGAAGGGAUUUCUUAUUGCCCUAGAGGUAUUUUGACCAAAGAGAGGGAGACAGGUUUAAAGAGAGACAUCGAGAAGAAAUCCCUACUUCCACGGAUGAUCUAUCUUUCUAUUCGAAGUGCUUCAGCAUCCAUCAAGGAGCAUGUUGAGGUCAAUGGUUCUGUUACGCCAGACAUCUCUUCAGAGCUGAAAUCUUUACUGGAGCGCUAUGCACAAUUUUUGGGCUUUUCUCUCAGUGAAGCAAUAGAAGUGGUCAUGGGUUUCUCUAAUGGUGAAAGAUCUUCUGUGGUUUCUGACUCCAACUUGAUAGACUGGUUGAAUUUCAUUGUAUUCUUAAAUGCAUGGAGCCUGAGUUCCCAUGAACUUGUGCAGCCAGAUAGAAAUGGAUGUAAGCCUCAUAUUUGGAAUAUCUUAGAUACUUUGCUGGAGAAGUAUGUUUUAGAGAAGGUUAGGUCCAUAGAGCCCCAGCUCUGCUCUCCUCGGUGCGACAUUCAACUUUUGAUGCAGUUAGUUACAGAACCUUUGGCGUGGCAUGGACUAGUAAUCCAGUCUUGUCUCAGAUCCUGUCUUCCAUCUAGUAAAAAGAAAAAGAAAAGUGGAUCAGGUUAUCAGUCUAGCUCAAAUCUGGCUCAUGCAAUCACAGAUUCUGUCCAGCGUUUAUCUCAUGUGUUAGAGGAUGUUAUGAAAUGGAUAAGUGGAUGGAGCAGAAGACCUGAAGAUGAGAAUUUGGAAGACAUUCUUUUUCUUCUCCGGAAAGAUGAGCAUAAUGAUGGGCCCGGGCAGGUCUUUCACAUUAUCGAAACAUUUAUUUCCUCUAUGAAUGAUGUGGAACUUGGUGAUCGUAUAUCCCAAUCACUUAAGUCUUGGAGUCCUACUGAUGUCGCCAGGAAAAUAAUGACUGGAAAGCACAAAGUAUUGAUGGAAUUCUCUGCCAUCUGUGAGUCAAAAUUGAAGUUAUUCAAGUCUAUGAAACAGCAGGUAUCUCAACUGUGAUGAAACAUCAUUCACUGGUGCUGAAUAGUUAUCAUAGCUUGUCAAGCGGCUAUUUAAUUGCAGUCCAAGGCUAGGGAUUGAGAAAAUGUGCAUCAGUUCUGCUGUGAUUGUCGCUAGCUUCAUCUACAGAAUACCAAGUCAAAAACUUCUGGGGAACAGUUAUCAUGGUUUGCGGCUAACUUGUUUCUGGCUCAAGUUUUUAUUGGUCAUUUCCUGUAAAAAUUUUCUGAAGAGUGUACUUUAAACAUUUUUCUUCACUUUUUGAGCGGUUGCCGGAUCUUUUCAGAAUUGUAGCUGUUUGUCCGAGCAAUUUUUUUGGCAAUGUACUAUUGGUUUAUUGUUUUGAAUGAAAAAAUAUUUUUUUGAA